AUGGAGGGAGAUGGUUAUAGUUUCCUCGAAGGAGUAUCAUCGCCAUCUGAAAAAUCCAUCAAAGAUUUAAGGACUGCUCAAAAUGGGGAAAGACCAACGUUAAUCGGAAACUUCACAAUAUGGCGAAAUCCCGAUUCAAAAUUCUCCACUUUAGUCCGCGACCACAUGCAUCGAGGAGCUUCAUCCCUGCUCUUCUAUUUGGGAAAGGAGCAAAAUAAACAUUACAUAGAGCCGAGAAUUGUCCGUUACGACGGUGAGAGCACUCAGCCGCAGACCUUUGUCAUUGGUACUCCCAGUGACAAGAAAUCUCGGCUUGUUGUCCUAUUUCGACCACUCGCUGAAGAGCUCUGUAGUGGGAAUGGAUUCUUUGAAAUAUGCUCUGGCUCCUUUGCUUGGGAUGUACAUCGGGUAUAUGAUUGGUUCCAGCCGGAUACAGAUCGGUCUGGGUCAAGGUGGGAACCAAUUUCAGUCGGCUAUAACCGGGUUUUGGUUAUCCAGGCAGGCACACUGGUUCGAUUUAGCCCGGGUAAACGCCCGUGUGAUUUCGUAUGCAUGGGCUACUCCGACAGCCAGGCAAACCUUACGCGAAGCGACAUUGAGUUUGAAUCAUUGGUUGCCCCGUUCUUACGACGUAUCCCUGAACACAAGAGACUCCAGAUACUUUGCAGUCCUGUACUACCGGUCCAGGAUCAGGGAUACCAGAGCCUUAGAACAAUGGAGCACAGCAGUGAUCCACAUCUCUCUAAUCCAAACACGGAGUUAAACCCACCUUUCCGGAAAGACUGGAACACGAUUACGCAGGUUAUCAAUACCCUGCGCAAUGAGGAACAACAAAUGAUUCGUUUCCUUAAUGGCGAUCGAUACGAGGACAUCUUUGCAAGCAACCCACCGAGUAAAAUCUCCAGAAAAACCCCUAAGUCUGAGAAGCUUCGUUAUUUGCUGGAUGUCCAAGCGAAGACCUGGCAGUAUUUCAAGGAUUACCCAGAUUUUGAUACCAGAAAAGACAAUAAUAAAUUCUGGGAAAAUAUCUAUCGCGAAGGCUUCCGUGGUGGAAUGCAGAGUGCCUUUGCGGCUAAAUACCGCUAUGACGAGGAGAGUACACGAGCUAUACUAAAUCGGGGUGGAAAGAUCCAGGCUCUCGCAAGCGAGCUUGCGGAGCCUGGAGUAGCUCCGUUCCUUCUUCCGGUUGUUGAUCGCCUUGGUGAGAUUUCAUACCCCAGUAUUAAAAGACUGAGCGACGAGAUAAGGCAUCAAUGUCCUGAAACAUUGCAUGCAAGUUCAUUGAUACGUGGAAAAUGGGAAAUGUAUGCAAAGAAUUAUCAGAUGUUCGUAACUUCUAUUGAGACAGGCAUUUAUUCCGAUUCCUCUACCUGUAUGUGA